AUGUCUGUCGAUGACGUCAUGGAGCGAACGGGCCGUAGUGCCAGCGCUGUGUACAAGUGGAUGCAUGAAAAACGAACGCUAGAGCAGCAUGUGGCGAGCGGUUUUGGACAACAAGUGCGAGUGGUGGUGCGGAAGCCCAACCGACGUAAGAAGCGGACAUCCUUUUUCCGCGGCCCCCGUACACCGAAAGGAAACCUGGCUCACGUCGUUCAAUGGAUCAAGGCGCAGCCUCCACGCAGCUUAGAUAUAUCAAGCAUUGACGAGAAGUGCCACGAAGUCCCUGGCUUUGCUCAAAAGUCGGCUCAAGCCAAGAAGAGCUUCGUUCGAGAACUUCACUGCACCUGA